CCCAUUUGAUGGAUUAUCUUGAGCAUGCACUCAGACAUAUGCAUGACUGUAUAUAGAGCCUCUCUUAUGUUGCCAAUAUUGUUGACUGAGUAGAAUCAAGUAUAUAUAGGUCUAGAUUUAGGUCUAAAAUUCCCAGAAAACCUGGAAAAUCGAGUCACAGAUCAACUCACAGUGGAUUAGUAAUGCAAGUCUUACAGUAUCUUGUGUUUUGUAUGGGAGGGUUGUGGAUAAAUCAAGUAUCAACUCAAUUGUGUACUCCACUGCAUGAGGAUCAUGUCUGCUACUCCCUAACAGCCAGAAACACCCUGAACAAAUACCCUCAGGUGCUUCCUGGCAAUGUUUCUCUAUCCUCAAUUGCUGUCACCACUGGAUUCUCUCUCUUACGAGUGCCCCCACCCGACCCGAACUGGGAAACUGCUUUCCAGCACAUAAUAUGCUUGGCAGCUACACCACCGUGUACCAAUGUUACAGAUCUUCUACUGCCAGUUUGCAGUGAUAGUUGCUUGGCGUUUAAUCGGCUAGUUGAAGAAGGGAAGUGCGACUCUAUAGUACAGUCUGCAGAACAGUUUCUGGUGUUAUCUGGUCUCCCAGUAGCUCAGAGUUUGUUAAAAUUGUUAAUGGAGCUUAACUGCAAUAAUGCCAGUACUUAUUAUUAUUUCGACCGAUUGGACUCACUUAUUGAUUCCAAGAGAUGUACUGAUCUGCUUACACCACAGCAAACAGAUUCAAUCCUCUCUAAUCCAAAUCAGUGUGUGCCCACUCCUUCCACGAGCAUCUGUGACUCUACAACCAUCUCCCAGUACACCUACUCUACAACCAUCUCCCAGUACACCCACUACAUUCCUCUACAGAGCCGGAACACAAUCACUUACCAACGGCUGUUAGGAGAGAUGGUUGCUAGUGGCAACUUUGACCAGAACUGUACGGACAUUGUCCUCUCUCUCGGCUGUUACAUCAUGUUCCCUCCUUGUGACCCUGAGACAGGAGAUGCACUACCACUCUGCUGGGAGGCCUGUGAAGUUGAAUAUGCUUCGAUUCAAUCUUGUCUUUCAAUGGUCACGUCAAUGAAUGAAUUAACUAUCAUGAUGUCACUGUUCAAUUGUUCUGAUGUCAAUUCUUAUCUGCCAGAUUUUGUGCAUGUGAACUCUUCUCUGUGUAUCAAUUCAACUAAAUUGCCUGAGACUGCCAUCUCCGAGAGAGUGGCUGUAAGUGUGAUAGCUGGAGCCAUUGUGGGGGGUGGUGUAUUCCUGAUUCUCGUGGUUGGACUGUUUCUCUUUGUUUUGGUUGUUAUUUAUCGGAGGAGAUCACAACAUGAUGAAGUUCCCAGGGAGCAUGAAGGUUCCCAGAGGAUAUACCACAAAGAACAUUGUAGCAUUGCUGUGUCUUUAUCUGGUACUGAUGAUAUUCGACUGAGUGAUGCUGACAGAUCAUCUUAUGAGAAGAUCUUCUCUUCCAUUCUUGUACCAUACACUGCGUUAACAGUUGGAGAGGAGAUUGGACAAGGUGCCUUUGGCAAGGUUUUUCGAGGGAAAAUGAGGAGGCCAGACUGUUCAAAAUUUGAAGACAUUGCCAUCAAGACAAUUAAAAAUUUGAGUUCGAAAGAUCAAUUGGAAUCAUUCUUUGCCGAGACUUUGCUGAUGAAAGAUUUCAGUCACCCCAACAUUAUUGGAUUAGCUGGAGUGUGUUUUGACACUCUUGAUGGAGUACCCUACAUCCUCCUCCCAUUUAUGGCCAAUGGAAGCUUGAAGGACUUUCUGAAGAAGAAGAGAACUCAUGUUACAAAUGUGGAGACUCUACCUGAGGAUAUGAAUGUUUCUACCCUGGUACGUAUGUGUAUGGAUGUAGCCAAUGGUAUGGAGUAUCUUGCUGAGGAGAAGUUUGUGCAUAGAGAUCUAGCAGCAAGGAACUGCAUAGUGGACAUAGAGCUUGUGGUGAAGGUUGGUGACUUUGGCCUAGCCAGGGACAUCUACAGUAAUGACUACUACAGAGCCAACCAGGGAACCAAGAUCCCAGUCAAGUGGAUGGCUCCUGAGACACUCCAUGAUGCCAUUAGCAACGAGAAAACUGAUGUGUGGUCAUUUGGUGUGACUUGUUGGGAGGUGUUCUCUUUGGGACGAGGCCCGUAUCCAGGGAUACAGAACCAGGACAUGCUCAAACACAUCUCCACUGACAAUAAGAGAUUGGAGAAACCCUCAUUAUGUCCCAAAAAGCUGUACGAACUUCUGAUGAUCCAGUGUUGGAGUUUGCUGCCUGAGGAGAGACCACCGUUCAGUCAGCUGGUUCAACAGCUGCAAGAGCACUGGGAGGAGAAUCACGCUUACAUCAUUGAAAACACUGAGACACCGAGCAAUAACUAACUGGAUACAGAUGUUGUGAAAAUCUCUCUUAAUAAAUUUAAAUAGCUGUACUCUUAGUCUCAACAUAAUCAAACUACACUUCAUGCAGUACAAUUAACAUGCACAUCAGGCAUUGAAUUAUCUUGAGCACUGAUACAG